UGCAAGGAAAACGGCGAGUUAAACAAAAUCUUUUAAAUAAAUUUUUUCUUAAUAUUACAACAUAAUCUUCUGACUUUCGAUUAUUUAGAUUAUUUAUAUAUGUACAGACUGCAUACUUGUAGGAAUAAAAUUUAGUUAUAUAUGCUAUUGUAGACAAUAAACAAAAUUUGCUGCCGGCUGUUGAAUUUGUUUUUGUAAUUUUCUCGCUAUUGCACUUUAAAAUAACUGUAAGGAUUGGUUGAAGCGGACGUUUCUGUUGAAUUGCUAUAUGAAAAUGUCGAAGAACAAAUUAAAUUUGACGCUGCCGCCAGGUGCCGUGGACGCUACGGUAGCUGCCUCACAGGUUGUACCCACGCCACCUUUUAAAACACCCUCGGGAACAGAAAAACAUAGUUUGCUGGCGACCCGAAAAACGAGUACUGAGGAUCUUGCUGAAACUUUUAAGGACUUGGAUAUGGACGAUACGGCCAGAAAACGUAUAGAAGUGUUUUUAAGUCAAAAGAAGAAAAUUGGGGAAGUAUCCGAAGAGCAUGUAGAGAAACUGGGUGAACUGGGAUCUGGUAAUGGAGGUGUUGUUAUGAAAGUCCGUCACAUACCCACGCAAUUGAUAAUGGCAAGAAAGCUUAUACACCUAGAAGUGAAACCAGCAAUUAAAAAGCAAAUAGUACUAGAACUGAAGGUUUUGCACCAAUGCAAUUUCCCUCAUAUUGUUGGAUUUUAUGGCGCAUUCCAUAGCGAUGGCGAAAUUAGUAUAUGCAUGGAAUAUAUGGAUGGUGGUUCACUAGAUCUGAUAUUGAAACGUGCUGGUAGAAUACCAGAAUCAAUUUUAGGUAAAAUAACAUUAGCCGUUUUAAAAGGUUUAAGUUAUUUGCGAGACAAGCACGCUAUAAUGCAUCGCGAUGUAAAGCCUAGUAAUAUAUUAGUAAACAGCAGUGGUGAAAUAAAGAUCUGUGAUUUUGGCGUUUCCGGCCAACUAAUUGAUUCCAUGGCGAACUCGUUUGUUGGGACACGCAGCUAUAUGUCGCCGGAACGUUUACAAGGAACUCAUUACUCUGUUCAGUCUGAUAUUUGGUCGUUAGGUUUGUCAUUAGUUGAAAUGGCAAUUGGUAUGUAUCCGAUACCACCACCUGAUGCUAAAACUUUGGAGUCUAUAUUUGAUAAAAACUCUGAAGAUGGAAACCAAACAGUUGUAGAACCUAAAGUUAUGGCAAUUUUUGAAUUGUUAGAUUAUAUUGUAAAUGAACCGCCACCCAAGUUAGAGCACAAAAUUUUCACAGAUGAAUUCAAAGACUUUGUUGAUAUAUGCCUUAAGAAGAACCCUGAUGAACGAGCGGAUUUAAAAACACUUUUGAAUCACCCAUGGAUACGUAAAGCUGAAGUGGAGGAAGUCGAUAUUGCUGGUUGGGUAUGUAAAACAAUGGAUUUACCACCUUCUACUCCCAAGCGCAACACAUCUCCUAAUUAAUGCCCACGCCUAUUUCGUUAAUUAUCGAUGGGCUUUUACAUCCUCAUAAUUAAAAAAACAAUGUAUUAAAAUAAAAAUUUAUGUAAAAUAUUGA